GCUCCUAUAAAUAAACAUAGUAAGUAUAGUACGGUGAGUAAACCAAUCGCACUGAACAAAGAACAACACUUUGUAAAAUAAAAGCAGAACGAAAAGAAAUGGGGAAAGUUUCUAAGCGAUUAGGGUUAUUGGGUUUGAUGCUUGUGUUGCUCAUUAUUGGAGUAGCAGAAUGUAGGAGACUUGAGAAGGAGACUUUAGGAGGUGGUGGUUUUGGAGGAGGUGGUGGUGCUGGAGGUGGGUUUGGUGGUGGAAAAGGCGGUGGUGGUGGUCUUGGAGGAGGAGCUGGUGGAGGCCACGGUGGUGGUGUUGGAGGAGGGUUCGGUGGUGGUGCUGGUGGAGGCAAAGGUGGUGGUCUAGGUGGAGGCCACGGUGGUGGUGUUGGAGGAGGAUUCGGUGGUGGUGCUGGUGGAGGUAAAGGUGGUGGUCUUGGUGGUGGUGGUGGCGUUGGAGGAGGCCACGGUGGUGGUGUUGGAGGAGGGUUCGGUGGUGGUGCUGGUGGAGGCAAAGGUGGUGGUGUUGGAGGAGGGUUCGGUGGUGGUGCUGGUGGAGGCAAAGGUGGAGGUUUAGGUGGAGGUCACGGUGGUGGUGUUGGAGGAGGAUUUGGUGGUGGUGCUGGUGGAGGCAAAGGUGGUGGCGUCGGAGGAGGCCAUGGUGGUGGUGCUGGAGGAGGAUUUGGUGGUGGUGUUGGAGGAGGCCAUGGUGGUGGUGCUGGUGGAGGGUUCGGUGGUGGUGCUGGUGGAGGACAUGGUGGUGGUGCUGGUGGAGGGUUCGGUGGUGGUGCUGGUGGAGGACAUGGUGGUGGUGCUGGAGGAGGAUUUGGCGGUGGAGCUGGUGGAGGUCACGGUGGUGGUGCUGGAGGAGGAUUUGGCGGUGGAGCUGGUGGAGUUCACGGUGGUGGUGCUGGAGGAGGAUUCGGCGGUGGUGCUGGUGGAGGCCACGGUGGAGGAGCUGGUGGAGGUUUUGGCGGUGGUGCAGGAGGAGGCCAUGCUGGCGGUGGUGGUGCUGGUGGAGGGUUUGGUGGUGGUGCCGGAGGAGGCGGUGGUGGUGGAUUUUGAAUCUAGCUUUUUAGGGCAACUUACUUGUGUACCACGCCAAAAAAGAAUGAGAUUAUAAAUGCUGGGAUUUUAUUAUGAAUGAAAUAAAUGAUACUUAACAAAAA